AGUAGUGGAAAGCCUGUGAAUCCAAGCACAUCAGCGGCUACAGCUAUGGCUGAGCGCCGCGCAUUCGCCCAAAAAAUCAGCAGAACUGUAGCAGCCGAGGUGAGAAAACAGAUCGCUGGUCAGUAUGGGGGCUCCCCACAGCUCCUCAAGAACCUCAACGUGGGUGCCGCCGCCAGCAACACCGUUCCUCUCACAGAGGCAGUGGAGCCGGUGGACUUUGAGGAGUACCUCAUCACCCAUCCCCCCAUCAUCGAGUCGGGCCCCCUGAGGGACCUCAUCGAUUUCCCCCCGGAUGACAUCGAAGUGGUAUACACCCCCAGAGAGUGUCGUACCGUGGGACAGGCCGUGCCUGAGGAAGGGGACAAUGACGCCCACGUCAGAGACUGUGUCAGGUCCUACACUGAGGACUGGGCCAUCGUCAACAGAAAAUACCAUAAGCUUGGUACAGGAUUUAACCCUAACACCCUGGACAGGCAGAAGGAGAGGCAGAAAGGCCUGCCCAAACAGGUGUUUGAGGCCGAUGAGAUGCCAGACGUUAGCACUUACCAGGACGACCAGGAUGAUCUGAAGCGUAGGUCCAUGUCCAUAGAUGACACCCCGCGGGGCAGUUGGGCCUGUAGUAUCUUUGACCUGAAGAACUCUGUCCCCGACGCCGUCCUGCCCCACCUGCUUGACCGGGCCCCCAACGAGGAGAUAGACCGCCACAACGAGGAGCACCGCAAGUCCCACCGCCACCGUGAGCUCUUCGCCCUGCACCCCGCCCUCGAUGAGGAAGAACCCAUAGAGCGCCACUGUGUGCCUGACGUCCCUAAGGAACAUUUUGGCCAGAGGCUACUCGUCAAGUGCUUGUCCUUGAAGUUUGAGAUUGAAAUUGAGCCCAUAUUCGCCUGUUUGGCCUUAUAUGAUGUCAAGGAAAAGAGAAAGAUAUCGGAAAACUUCUUCUUUGACCUGAACUCAGAGCAGACUAAAGGGAUGCUGCGCCCCCACAUCCAGACAGCAGCCAUCUCUACUCUCGCCCGCUCCGCAAUUUUCUCCAUUACAUACCCCUCCCAGGACGUCUUCCUCGUCAUACAGCUGGAGAAGGUGUUGCAGCAGGGAGACAUAGGCGAGUGUGCAGAACCGUACAUGGUCUUCAAAGAGUCUGAUGCAGCCAAAAACAAAGAGAAGUUGGACAAGUUGCGGAGCCAGUCGGAGCAGUUCUGCACACGUCUGGGUCGGUACCGGAUGCCCUUUGCCUGGACAGCCAUCCACCUGAUGAACAUCGUGAACAGCGCCGGCAGUCUGGAGAGAGACACUGAGCUGGAGAUGGGACCUCCAGAGAGGAAAGGGUCGUGGUCUGAGAGGAGGAACUCGAGCAUCGGCGGACGGCGCUCAUUAGAGAGAACCACCAGUGGAGAUGAAUCAUGUAGCCUGACCAGCUUCAGACCUGCAACCCUCACCGUCACCAAUUUCUUCAAACAGGAGGGAGACAGACUGAGUGAUGAGGACCUGUAUAAGUUCCUGGCUGACAUGAGGAGGCCGUCUUCAGUGCUGAGGAGACUAAGGCCAAUCACAGCCCAGCUGAAGAUCGACAUAUCCCCGGCCCCAGAGAACCCCCACUACUGCUUGACCCCUGACCUCCAGCAGGUCAAGCCCUACCCAGACAGCAGGGUUCGCCCUACCAGAGAGAUACUGGAGUUCCCCCCCAGGGAUGUCUACGUACCCAACACUACCUACAGGAACCUACUGUAUGUGAACCCACACAGCCUGAACUUCGCAAACCGUCAAGGCUCCGCCCGGAAUAUCACAGUGAAAGUACAGUUUAUGAACGGGGAGGACCCCAACAACGCUAUGCCGGUGAUAUUUGGGAAGUCCAGCUGUGGAGACUACACCAGAGAGGCAUACACUGCCGUGGUGUAUCAUACCAGGUCCCCGGACUUCCAUGAUGAGGUGAAGAUCAAGCUGCCGGCCUCUCUGACUGACCACCACCAUGUCCUGUUCACCUUCUACCAUGUCAGCUGCCAGCAGAAACAGAACACCCCCCUGGAAACCCCUGUGGGAUACACGUGGAUCCCCAUGCUUCAGAAUGGACGUCUGCGUACAGGAAGCUUCUGUCUGCCGGUGUCUCUAGAGAAACCUCCCCAGUCCUACUCUGUUCUCUCCCCUGACGUUCCUCUACCAGGGAUGAAAUGGGUGGAUAACCACAGAGGGGUGUUCAACGUUGAAGUGACAUCCGUUUCCACUGUCCACACACAGGACCAGUACCUGGAUAAGUUCUUUGCGUUGGUGCAUGCCCUGGACGAGCACAUGUUCCCUGUGCGGAUCGGAGACGUGCGCAUCAUGGAGAAUAACCUGGAGGCGGAGCUAAAGUCCAGCAUCGCAGCACUAAACUCCUCCCAGCUGGAGCCCAUCGUCCGAUUCCUCCACCUCCUAUUGGACAAGCUGGUGGUGCUGGUGGUGCGGCCGCCCGUCAUCGCAGGACAGAUAGUGAAUCUGGGCCAGGCCUCGUUCGAGGUGAUGGCCUCCAUAGUGAAUCGGCUCCACAAGUACCUAGACACCAGUCAGGACAUGCACGGCAGAAACAGUCUGCUCUCCUCUUAUAUAUACUAUGUCUUCAGACUGCCCAACAUGGACCCCAACUUCCCCUCACCAGGUCCUGGAGGGCUGGGUGGUUCAGUCCACUAUGCCACCAUGGCCCGGUCAGCCCAGCGACCAGCUAGCCUAAACCUCAACCGCUCCCGUAGCCUUAGCAACAGUAACCCGGACAUCUCCGGAACACCCACGUCCCCUGACGACGAGGUCCGCUCCAUCAUCGGCAGUAAGGGUCUAGACCGCUCCAACUCCUGGGUGCACACCAUGGGGUGUAAGAGCACCCCCUGGGGAUCCAGCCCUGUCUCUGACACUGACACCAUGCAGGCCAUGGAGCGCUGUGGCAACCGCAUGUCUUCGCACACUGAGAGCACCAGUUUCUUGCAAACUUUAACAGGACGGUUACCCACCAAAAAGUUGUUCCAUGAGGAACUGGCUCUACAGUGGGUGGUGAGCAGUGGCAGCGUCAGGGAGGGAGCUCUCCAACAGGCCUGGUUCUUCUUCGAGCUCAUGGUGAAGAGCAUCAUCCAUCACCUGUACUUCACCGACCGGCUGGAGUCGCCCAGGAAGAACCGUUUCCCCGAGCGCUUCAUGGAUGACAUCACAGCCCUGGUCAGCACCAUUGCUGGGGACAUUGUCUCACGCUUUCAGAAGGACCUGGAGCUGGUGGAGCGUCUUAACACCAGCCUGGCCUUCUUCCUGAAUGACCUGCUGUCUGUCAUGGACCGAGGCUUCGUCUUCUCCCUCAUAAAGACCUACUGGAAACAGGUGUCCACUAAGCUGUACAUGCUGCAGAACCCCACUCUGGAGUCUCUGAGACUGGACUUACUGAGGAUCGUCUGCAGCCACGAGCACUAUGUCACCCUUAACCUGCCCUGCAGCCUGCUCACGCCCCCCGCCUCGCCAUCUCCCAGCGUGUCCUCCGCAACCUCGCAGAGCUCAGGCUUCUCCACCCAUGCGCAGGACCAGAAGAUAGCCAACAUGUUUGAGCUGUCUGUCCCCUUCAGAGAGCAGCACUACCUGGCUGGACUGGUGCUGUCUGAGCUGGCUGUCAUCCUGGACCCAGAGGCCGAAGGGAUGUUUGGCUUACAUAAGAAGGUGGUCAGUGUGGUACAUAACCUGCUGUCCAGCCAUGACUCCGACCCCCGCUACGCUGACCCCGAGGUCAAGGCCCGCGUCGCCAUGCUCUACCUGCCGCUCAUCGGCAUCGUCAUGGAAACACUUCCCCAGCUUCACGACUUCACAGAGUCCCAUAACCAGUGGGGUCGUCCCGGCGGGGCUCAGGGGGGUGGGGCCGGGGGGGACGAGUCUGGAGAGGACGGCAACAGCAUGAUCAGUCAGACCGUUGCCAUGGCAAUAGCAGGGACAUCCGCUCCGAUAUCUCGUCCCAGCAGCUUCCUGCUCAACCCACAGGCCAGUCGUCAGCAUGGCACCUUCUCAGCAGAGUCCAGCCGCAGCCUGUUGAUCUGUCUGUUGUGGGUUCUGAAGAAUGCUGAUGAGUGUGUCCUACAGAAGUGGUUCUCUGACCUGUCUGUCUCCCAGCUCAAUCGUCUGCUGGACAUGCUCUACCUAUGUGUCUCCUGCUUCGAGUACAAGGCCCAUGUUGUGUUCACCAUGCAGGGGAAGAAGGCCUUUGAGCGCAUGAACAGCCUGACCUUCAAGAAGUCCAAGGACAUGAAGGUCAAGCUGGAGGAGGCUAUACUGGGGAGCAUCGGGGCACGCCAGGAGAUGGUCCGUCGCAGCAGGGGACAGCUAGAGAGGAGUCCAUCAGGCAGUGCCUUCGGCAGCCAGGAGAACCUGCGCUGGAGGAAAGACAUGACACACUGGCGCCAGAACAGCGAGAGGAUGGACAAAACCAGAGCGGAGCUGGAGCACGAAGCACUUAUUGAUGGUAACCUGGCAACCGAGGCAAACCUGAUCAUUCUGGACACUUUGGAGAUCAUCGUUCAGACGGUGUCUGUGACAGAGUCUAAGGAGAGUAUCCUGGGUGGAGUGUUGAAGGUGCUCCUCCACAGCAUGGCCUGUAACCAGAGUGCCCUCUACCUGCAGCACUGCUUUGCUACACAGAGGGCUCUCGUCUCAAAGUUCCCCGAACUGCUGUUUGAAGAGGAAACAGAGCAGUGUGCUGACCUGUGUCUGCGUCUGCUGAGGAACUGUAGCAGCAGUAUCGGCACCAUCCGAGCCCACGCCUCCGCUUCACUCUACCUGCUCAUGAGGCAGAACUUUGAGAUCGGCAACAAUUUUGCACGUGUCAAGAUGCAGGUGACCAUGUCCCUGUCCUCCCUUGUGGGAACGUCUCAGAACUUCAACGAGGAGUUCCUCCGACGUUCCCUGAAGACCAUCCUGACCUACGGAGAGGAAGAUCUGGAACUCAGGGAGACCACCUUCCCUGAUCAGGUUCAGGACCUGGUGUUCAACCUCCACAUGAUCCUGUCUGAUACAGUCAAGAUGAAGGAGCACCAGGAGGACCCAGAGAUGCUCAUAGACCUCAUGUACAGGAUCGCUAAGGGUUACCAGACGUCUCCAGACCUGCGUCUGACAUGGCUGCAGAACAUGGCGGGUAAACACUCUGAGAGGACCAAUCACGCAGAGGCAGCCCAGUGUUUGGUGCACAGCGCCGCCCUGGUGGCAGAAUACCUCAGCAUGCUGGAGGACCGCAAGUACCUGCCGGUCGGCUGUGUCACCUUCCAGAACAUCUCUUCCAACGUGCUUGAGGAGUCAGCAGUGUCUGAUGACGUGGUGUCUCCUGAUGAAGAGGGUAUCUGCUCUGGGAAAUACUUCACUGAGGCUGGCCUGGUGGGACUGCUGGACCAGGCUGCUUCCUCCUUCUCCAUGGCUGGUAUGUACGAGGCGGUGAAUGAGGUGUACAAGGUACUGAUCCCCAUUCACGAGGCCAGCCGGGACGCCAAGAAGCUGGCCACCAUACAUGGUAAACUACAGGAAGCCUUUGGCAAAAUCGUACACCAGAGCACUGGCUGGGAGAGAAUGUUUGGUACGUACUUCAGAGUCGGAUUGUACGGUUCUAAAUUCGGGGACUUGGACGAGCAGGAGUUUGUAUACAAAGAGCCUGCCAUCACCAAGCUGGCUGAGAUCUCUCACCGACUCGAGGGGUUUUAUGGCGAGCGCUAUGGAGAAGACCAGGUGGAAGUCAUUAAGGACUCCAAUCCUGUGGACAAGUGCAAACAGGACCCGAAUAAGGCUUAUGUCCAGAUCACGUAUGUGGAGCCGUACUUCGACACAUACGAGAUGAAGGACCGCAUCACGUACUUUGACAAGAACUACAACCUGCGGCGGUUUGUCUACUGCACGCCGUUCACACUGGACGGGCGGGCGCAUGGGGAUCUGCACGAUCAGUUCAAACGCAAAACCAUCCUGACCACAUCCCACGCCUUUCCCUACAUCAAGACCCGCAUCAACAUCAUCCACAAAGAGGAGAUCAUCUCUAUGCCCAUCGAGGUGGCCAUAGAGGAUAUGCAGAAGAAGACCGGAGAGCUGGCCUUCGCUACCCACCAGGACCCAUCUGAUGCCAAGAUGCUGCAGAUGGUGCUGCAGGGGUCAGUGGGGACUACCGUCAACCAGGGACCUCUGGAGGUGGCCCAGGUGUUCCUGUCAGAGAUCCCCAGUGAUCCUAAACUCUACAGACACCACAACAAACUACGCCUCUGCUUCAAAGACUUCACCAAGAGGUGUGAAGAUGCCCUGCGUAAAAAUAAGAGUCUGAUUGGUCCAGACCAGAAGGAGUACCAGAGGGAGUUGGAGAGGAACUACCAUCGCCUGAAGGAGGCGCUACAACCACUCAUCUGCAGAAAGAUACCCCAGCUUUAUAAACCCGUGCUGCAGGUCAACUCUCACAGGACUCCCGUGGAAUUGAAAAAUGUGACGCUUCAGAAAACCAAGAACGGAAAUGGCAAGACUGAGAUCAAGUUUACAGACAAGUCAAUAUUUUCUGUCGUCAGACAUUUACCCUACAGUCAACGAGGAUCAUCAUUUGAGGUGUAAGGACGUUUCCCUGGCUGACCUUCAAGAAUCCAAGGGAAAGAAGGUGAAUGUUACUGUUCUUGUGAUCCGGAAGCUGAAUGAGAGCCAAGGUAAAACACGAGCUGGGACAGACAUGCUAAAGGUGGAGUAUAGUGUUGCUGAUUUGAACGCACUUGCUGAGCUAACCGUGUAGAGACCGAAGAUGGUUGAAGAGGGGCAAUGGUACAGAAUCACCAACGUCUCUGCUGGUCAGUUUUGGGGCAGGAUCACACUGGGUACAACACCAUCCAGUGUAAUUUACAGUGUGGCUAAUCGUAGAUGUGAGAAGUUUAAGGGAAAAAUCUGUGGAGCCAGUUUGUCCCAAGUGGGAAGGAAAACCAGUGGAAUGAUCUUCAUAGACAAGACAGACAAUAUUCUGAAGGUAGAUGACGCUGCCAUCAGGAGUGCUCUAAAUGGAGAAUGUAUUGAGAGUAUGUCUACAGCUGAUCUGGUGACAGCGCUAAAUUAAGUACUGGUCGAAGUCAGAGUGCUUGAUAAACUUGUAUCAAUUACCCCUCUACCAGUCUAAUCAAUUUUAGUUUUUCUUACCCAGUCACACACAAUAACCCAUAAUGACCAAGUGAAAACGUGUUUUUAGAAAUGUUUGCAAAUGUAUUGAAAAUGAAAUGCAGAAACAUCUAAUUUACAUCUAAUAAAUGUUCACACCCCUGAGUCAAUACAUGUUAGAAUCACCUUUGGCAGUGAUUACAGCUGUGAGUCUGUCUGGGUAAGUCUAAGAGCUUUGCACAUCUGGAUUGUACAAUAUUUCCGCAUUAUUCUUUUUUUAAAUUCUUCAAGCACUCAAGUGUUGAUAUUUUCUAGUCUUGCCAUAGAUGUUCAAGCUGAUUUAAGUCAAAACUGUAACUAGGCCAUUCAGGAACUUCAAUGUCAUUGGUAAGCAACUGGCCUUGUGUUUCAGGUUAUUGUCCUGCUGAAAGGUUAAUUUGUCUCCCAGUAUCUGUUGGAAAGCACACUGAACUCCUCAGUCCUUGCCAAGGACAAGCAUACCCAUAACAUGAUGCAGCCAUUGACCAAACAUUUUGUAUUUAUGUUAUACAUUUAAUAUAAUAUAAAAAUCUGGACUUUGUAUUUUAUUUUAGUUGUAGCCUAGACUAACAAAC